AUGGGUCGCCCCUCAGGUCCGCUGUCGGCGAAUUUGCCGCCACUGGUCAUGGGCACUGCGACAUUUAACUCUCAGUACAACCACGAUCCCUACGCCCUCCCGACUACGGAAUUGGUCCAUCGUGCGCUCACUAGUGGUGUCCGUGCUUUCGACACAUCUCCCUACUACGGCCCCGCGGAGGAACUCCUCGGCCGAGCGCUGGCCACCGAUUUCGUCCAGUCCACCUUCCCCCGCUACACAUACCGCUUGCUCACGAAAGUCGGUCGAGUCGCGUCCUCUUCCUUCGACUACUCCCCGGAAUGGGUGCGAUAUAGCGUUCAGCGCAGUCUUCGCCGUCUCCACACCGACUACCUCGACGUAGUCUACUGCCACGAUGUCGAAUUUGUCUCGCCACAAGAGGUGCUGGAGCUGUCCGGGAACUGCGCCGCAUUCGUGACAUAG